AUGGCGAAAAGCCAGAGAUUACCAGUUAGAGAGGAAACAGGAUUUGGUGAUCCCUUAGGAGACUAUUCUGAUGGUUAUAAUAUCCUUCAAUUUAUAAAUGAUAACGAUUCACAAAUAGAUAAUUCUCUUGAUCCCAAUCGAUUUCCUUCUCAAACACAUGCUUAUCAUCAAAAUAAUAUUAUGAAUUGUAAUCAAAAUAAUUACAUUGCCAACAACAUCCAACGAAGAACUGUCGUUUCAAAUAAUAAUCCUGAGUCAAAUGGACUCAAUUCGCAAGUAAUGUAUAAUGGAAACACAAGACUACCCGAUUCACCACCAAUAACUGAUAUUUCUGGUGGUAAUUCUUCAGGAUCUCCAUCAUCAACAUCUGAACCACCAUAUUCACCAGAUCAUUAUCAAAAUUAUGGAUUGAUUCAAGGAACUCCAAUAAAUAAUAGAAAUCAAAUGGUUGUUGAAAUGCCUGAUGGUAUGCCGCAAAUGAAUAUACCUCGAGAACUAGUAAAUCAUCAAGGUCAAAUUAUUAACAAUCGAAUGCCUCAACAACGUAUCAACACUGGACAAAAUGAAUAUUUAAAUAAUUAUGUUAUUCCACAAAAUGUUGGUUUGAUACCAACAAUAAAUACAAUGAAUGUAAAUGGAACACGACAAAAUUGUCCAGUUAAUUAUAUGAUACCUCAACAAGGUUACAUAGUUGGAGAUAUUUACUGUAAUAAUAAUCAAUUAACAAAUGCAGAAACACAAUCAAUACGAUCAGUUCAACAACAAAUUCCAAUUCAACAGCAACAACAACAGCAACAACAACAACAACAACAACCACGUUCUGAUGGUCCAGCUAAUAAACGAAAACGUACUGAACCACAUCAUUCAACACAAACAAAUGUUAAACAAGAAGUAAUGAAUAAUAAUAAAGGAUUUUCAAUGCAACAUGCUAAUAUUUCUAAUAAUUCUUCACCUAGAACACCAAUACAUAAUGUGCCUCAUGCAAUACAAACACCAGGUUUACAAUUAUCUGAUGAUAAUGAUGAAAAUAUUACACAAAGAGCUAUAAGAUUUAGUAAAUUUCAAGAAGAAUUUUGGCAUCCUUUAUUUGAUGAAAAUAAUCAACAAUUAUGUUUACUUGAAGUACAUGUUGUUGCUGAUAAAGGUUUUAAUUAUUCACAGGUUGAUGGAUGUUUUGUAAAUCAAAAAAAGAAUCAUUUUCAAAUAACAGUACAAAUUGAAGCAUUAGAUGCUAAACCUCCAGCAUUUGUAAAAGUAAAUAAUGAAUAUCAUCGUAUCAAAGAUUUUAAAUUAGCUUUUUGUGGUGUUAAAUUUGAAAUGCCAACAACAGAAAUUCAAAUAAAACAAUCGCAAACUGAUAGAAGACCACUUGUACAUGAACCUGUAUUAUUAGAAAUUCAUGAACGUCGUAUGACUAAAGCAACUGUUCCACGUCUUCAUUUUUCUGAAACAACAAUGAAUAAUCAUAGAAAAAAUUAUAAACCUAAUCCAGAACAAAGAUAUUUUUUAUUAGUUGUUAAAUUAUUAGCAUAUACAGAAGAUGGUCAAACAGUUCUUGUACAAGCAUAUCAAUCAGAAAAAGUUAUCGUUCGUGCCUCUAAUCCUGGUCAAUUUGAACCUCCUGAUACAGAUGUUGCAUGGCAAAGACAUAAUAAUACUCUUCAUUUUAAUGGUAAUGUCGCAAUUGGUACUGAGAAAGCUGUUGCUCCACUUACUGUAAAUGGAAAUAUUUUUGUUUCUGGAGUUAUAAAUAGACCAUCAGAUAGAAGGGUUAAAGAAGACAUUACUGAAAUUGAUACAAAAGAAUCACUUAAUAGGUUAAAUAAUUUAAGAAUUGUUCAAUAUAAAUAUAAAGAUGAAAUUGCUGAUGAAUGGGGAAUAAAGGAGGGUGAUAGACAUCGUGUUGGUGUUAUAGCACAAGAAUUAGCAGAAGUUUUACCAUUAGCUGUAAAAGAUAAUGGUGAAUAUUUAACUGUUGAUGAUUCACAAUUAUUUUAUGAUACAGUAGCAGCUGCAAAAGAACUUUGUAAAUUAACAGAUAAUCUUGAAUGUAAAAUAAAUAAAGUUGAAAAAUUUUCUCAACAUUUAAAAAAAGAAGUAAAAAAACGUGAUAGAUAUGCAUCAAUAUCAUCUGGUAUUAGUGAGAUAUCUUCAUUAUGUGGUGGUGAAAAAAGUUUAGGUAUUUCACAAUAUUCUAUUGAUACAAUUGGUACAAUACAACAAUCUAUAGAUGAUGAUAAAAAAGAUGGAGCUAGAAGAAGACGACAAAAACGUAUUUGUAAUAAUCGAUGUCGUCGACAACCACUUGAAACAACAACAUUAGUAUCAAAAAUAGCUCAUAUAUCAAUAUCAAUAUUAGUUUUAUUAAUGUCAUGUUGUUUAAUAGCAAUGUCUGUUUUAUAUGUUAUGGAUUGGUAUAAACGUUCAAAUUCACAAUAUUAUAGAAGACAAUCUGUUAAUAGUACAGGAUUUUAUCCAAAAAAUAGUGAUAUUGGACAUUUAUAUGAAAAUGUCACUAUUCAUAGAUUAAUGCCAUUACCAUCAUCUCAAUCUAAUGCACCAAUAUUAUUUGGUGAAUGUAAUUCUGAUUUUUGUGAAGAGUAUUGUCUUUUAAAUAAAGGAAAAUAUGAUACUGUAUAUCAACAAAUAGAAGAAUUAGAUGGUGUUGUUUCAUUACCUGAUGACAAUGAUAUUGAUGAUUAUCAUUUUAGUUUGUCAAAAUUAUCAACAAAUUCUGGAACAAGUACACCAUUAUAUUCUGGUGUUGACAUCUUUUUACCUACAUUAAAUAUUUCUAUUGAUAAUGAUUAUUGUCAUGAAAAUUCAUGUAAUUUUAGCACUGGACAGUAUGAUCUCUAUAUUCCAGUAUCAACAUACAUGCCAACAAUUAAUAUUGAAGUUAUCUUCCGUUUUAAUAAUAAUGUUUUUGUUGAUAAUUGUGGUCCCGUUAAGUAUUUUGAUCAUAAAUUGUGUCCAAGUUCUACAGUAGGAAAGGGACACGAUGAUUUUGAUAAUAUUAAACCAUAUUCAGAUGAAUUUACUGAUAAUUAUUAUGUUCUUCCAAUUGGUCAAUAUGUACAAUCUGCCUAUCGUUUCCGUGUUGGUUUUACAAGUAAUGCUUGUAAAAUUGCUGAUGAUCAACGUGGUCAUUCAUAUGAUGAAUAUACUCUUGUAUUUUAUAGACAUUGGCCGUCAUCACAACAAAAAAUUACGGGACUUGAAAAGAACUAA